GUUUUGCGAUGCGGAGAGAAGAGGGGGGACAAAAGACAGGCGCUUAGUAGCUAUUCCGUUCGUCGAGGCUGCUGGAUGCCAAAUAUUCGGACCGCGCUCCGGGGCUCCGUGGUCGGUCCAAAGUCCCGAGACCGCGGCUAUCCGGAGGCCCACCGAACUCAACUGAAGAAGUGCUUGCCUUAUCAGUUUAGGUGUGUAGUAACUGCAUGGUGAGUAAGUGAGCUAUAGCUCUCGUCUCGCAUCUUUCAUCUGCUCUUCACUUCUCUCCUCUUCACAAUCGAUCAAUUGGCCGCGCUCAGUCUCCUAUCGUCAAUUGAAUCAUCAUGAAGGGUCUUUCCAUGGCUGCGAGGGCAGGUCCCCGAAUCCAGGCGGUGCUGUCUGCGACCGCCCGUCCUACGUCAUUCUCUGCCGCAUCGGCCUCCGCGUUGAAGCAGCACGUCCGAUGGGCGUCGGAUGCACCCACCGGAGAUCUCAAGAAGACUCCUCUCUACGAUUUCCACGUUGCGAACGGCGGCAAGCUGGUCCCUUUUGCGGGCUACCACCUGCCCGUGCAGUACGAUGGCUUCUCGCUCACCAAGUCUCACAAGUUCACCCGCUCCAAUGCGUCGCUGUUUGACGUGAGCCACAUGGUGCAGCACAUCUUCAAGGGCCCUGAUGCCGCGGCGUUCCUCGAGAAGAUUACCCCUUCAGACUGGAAGAACCAGGGGCUCAUGCAGAGCAAGCUGACGACCUUCCUGUGGCCCGGCACCGGUGGCAUCGUGGAUGAUUCCGUCGUGACGAGACUGGGCGAGGACGAGUACUAUGUCGUCACCAACGGAGCUUGCCUCGACAAGGACACCAAGUACUUUGACGAGGAGCUGGGCAAGUUCGGCGGCAACCUCGAGUGGACUGUGCUCAGCGACUCCGGCCUGGUUGCCCUGCAGGGUCCCCAGAGCGCCGAGGUGCUCAGCGAGCUGCUGGCCACCGACAUCAACCUGAACGAGCUCUACUUUGGAAACGCCGCCUACGUCGAGCUGAAGCUGCCCGACGGCAGCAAGACACACCCCAUUCUCGUCAGCCGCGGCGGCUACACGGGCGAGGACGGCUUCGAGCUGUCGUUCAACGGCAAGCUGUACCCGGCCUUUGAGACCACCACUCCCACCAUCAAGGCCCUGCUCGCCAAGGCCGGCCCGGAGCGCCUCCAGCUCGCCGGCCUCGGCGCCCGAGACUCCCUCCGGCUCGAGGCCGGCAUGUGCCUGUACGGCCACGACCUCGACGACACCACCACCCCCGUCGAGGCUGGUCUGAGCUGGAUCAUCCCCCCCGCGCGGCGCCAGGCCGGCGGCUUCCACGGCGCCGAAGUCAUCGUGCCUCAGCUCACCCCCAAGAGCAAGGGCGGCUCAGGUGUCGCUCGCCGCCGCGUAGGCCUCGUCGUCGAGGGCGCGCCUGCUCGCGAGGGCGUCGAGAUCCACAAGGACGGCGAGAAGGUCGGCGACGUGACCAGCGGUGCGCCCAGCCCUUCUCUUGGUAAGAACAUUGCCAUGGGCUACGUGCGUGACGGCCUACACAAGGCCGGCACCGAGGUGGACGUCAUGGUCCGAGGCAAGAAGCGCAAGGGCACUGUGACCAAGAUGCCUUUCGUGCCCGCCAAGUACUGGAAGGCACCUACUCCCGCUUAGAUGGUACUGAGGGGGUUAGAUGGUUUUUGUGUUUGGCUUUACGUCUCAUUUUCGGGUUGUUACGGAGCAUGUUUAUGUGGUAGCUGAGGAUAUUCAACAUAG